AUGGCAGACCGAGUCAAGCAGAUAGCAGCCCAGCUCAACUACCCGAAGGGCAUGCUCGCCGGUCAGACGGCCAUCAUUACGGGCAGCGGGCAGGGUAUCGGCGCUGAGGCUGCGCGGCUGUUCGCCAAUGAAGGUGCCAAGGUCAUUGUCUCGGACAUCGAUGGGAAAAAGGCCCAGUCCGUAGCCGACAGCAUCGUGGCAUCCGGCGGGUCGGCUAUCGCCGUCGCGGGUGACAUGCUCGAUGACGCCUACCUCAAGACGCUGGUCAAAAAGGCGGCCGACUUUGGCGGCGGCAAGAUCCACAUCAUCGUCAACAACGCCGGCUACACGUGGGACGGCGUGAUCCACAAGAUGACGGACAAGCAGUGGGACGCGAUCCUGGCGCUGCACGGGACGGCGCCGUUCAAGCUGAUCCGCGAGGCGUCGCCGUACUUCCGCGUCAAGGACGGCGAGCCGCGCUCCAUCCUCAACAUCAGCUCCACCAGCGGCAUCCACGGCAACGCCGGCCAGGCCAACUACAGCCUGGCCAAGGCCGGCGUCGCCGGGCUGACCAAGACCAUCGCCAAGGAGUGGGGGCCGAACUUUGGGGUGCGGGCCAACACGAUCGCCUUUGGUCACAUCCAGACGCGGCUCACGCAGGCCAAGGAGAAGGGCGCCUUCAUCACGGGUCCGGGCGGGGAGAAGAUUGCCCUGGGGAUCCCCGAGGCGCAGACCAAGGCCGCCGGCCCGUUGAUGCACGCCGACAUUCCGCUGCGAAGGGCCGGAACCCCUUCGGAGGCGGCCAGUGCGAUGCUGGCAGUGGUCAGCCCCUUGUUCUCCUACGUGUCGGGGCAGACAAUCAUGGUCACGGGCGGCAGAAACAUGUAA